AUGAGCAUCAAUACUCCCUUUCCCUCCAUAUACGAUGGCUGGACACGAGAACAGCUCAUAUCUCGCUUACACGACCUAGAACAUCCAACAUCAUCAACCCCAAACCCGACUACAUCAACCACACAACACCAAAAAACUAAACCCUCAAAACGCCCACCCAAACAAUACGACUUUACAAAAACAUCAUGUCGUCCCAUCGCCCUCAAAUUAGCCUACCUCGGACACGAAUACCACGGAUUCGCAGGCUCAGAAAACGAUACUGUAACAACCAUCGAAACGCAUCUGUUCCAUGCGCUCACAACAGUUAAACUCAUUCCAGACAGAUCGGCAUGCGGGUAUUCACGAUGUGGGAGGACGGAUAAAGGCGUGUCAGCGUUUGAUCAGGUUGUGGGGUUGUUUGUUAGGAGUGUUUACCCAGCUGGUAUUAUUGACAAUGUCGUAAAAGGGGGAACGUAUAGGUGGGAAGACGUUGCAAAGGUGUCUUAUCGGGCUAGCAAGGACGAAGAAGCUGAAGAAAAUGUCGCCACAGACAGCAGCAUCGCACCACCGAGCAAUCCACCCAUAGAAAACAUCCACGAACUAGACUACCCACUCCUCCUCAACAAACUCCUCCCACCCACAAUCCGCAUCCUCGCAUGGUCUCCCGUCCUCCCAACCUUCUCAGCACGCUACAACUGUCUCGCCCGUGCAUACCGCUACUACUUUACCCCAUCGCCGAAUCUAGAUAUCGCAGCAAUGAAGACCGCAUGCCAGGACUUUCUCGGCGUGCACGACUAUACGAACUUUUGUAAAGUAGAUCCAUCACGCCAUGUAUCCCAUAUUAGGUAUAUUGACCAUGUCGGGAUUUAUAGUGUGGAUGAAAUUGAUGCGCUUGCAUCAGCCAAAAAUAGUAGUAGUAAUAGUGAUACCAAACCCCUAAUCUUCUACGUAAAAGGCCGCGCAUUCCUCUGGCACCAAGUCCGCUGCAUGAUGGCAAUCCUCUUCCUAAUCGGCUCCCAUCUCGAACCAACAUCCAUAAUAUCAACCCUUCUAUCCACCCCGUCCGAGUCAGAGGGCCGCCCGACGUAUGAUUUGGCACCAGAACAUCCACUCGUCCUAGCCGAGUGCGAGUUUCCAAAGGACAUGUUUGCGUGGCGGUUCAGUCGGGUUAGUAGGGAUGUUAAUGUGGGUAUUGUCAAGGAGGUUUGGAGAGAGGUUGUUAUUAAAGGUGCUAUGGUCGAGUAUUUGGUGCAGUGUGCGGAGAGUUGUGGUGGUGGUGUGGAAGAGGAGGAGGUAGAAGGUGGUAGGGAUGUUGCUGUGGCUAGUAAUAGUAGGAGGAGAGAGUAUACACCAGUAUUGUUGCUGGCUAGAGCUGCGUCACAGCAAUCGAGACUUGCUAAGUUAGAUACGAAAGCAGCGUGA